AUGCUCAUUCUGUUACAUGUGGUUACCAAAGUUCCCACCCAUCAGAAGGUGGAGAUGUAUCAGAGCGACGUGAACAACACGACAUUCGUGCACUACGUGCGCACAGUGGUGCAACCCAUGAUGAUCGAGCUCAAGGGCAUGGUCGACUCAAAGAUAAAGCUGGAGUUGAAGGUGGGGCGGAACAACAGCAAGGAGAAGGGCAUCGUGGACGAGUCCAGGAAGCUCAAGGCCACCACACUCGUCGUCGGCACCAGCUCAAGAGGAAUCUUUGGCAUUCUCCCCCUCCCCCCCGUGCUCUCCCCCCUCUGCGGUCCUCACACCCCUCACACCCCCCUCACACCCCCCUCACACCCCUCACACCCCCCUCACACCCCCCCCACACACCCCCCUCACACCCCUCACACCCCCCUCACACCCCUCACACCCCUCUCACACCCCUCACUCCCCUCUCACACCCCUCACACCCCACCCCUCCUGUGCCUCCCCCAUCUGCCUCCCCCACAGGCGUCUCUCUCCCCCACCAGCUGCAUCCGCCUCCCCCCUCCUGUGCCUCCCCCCUCGUGCGCCUCCUCUCGGGGGUCUCUCUAUCCCCCCCCCAACACACCAAGCAGGCAGCGACGGACAAUUUCAGUGCAUCGCGAAAGCUGGGCGAGGGGGGGUUCGGCACCGUGUACUCGGGCACACUGCACCACACACCCUGCUCCCUGCCUGGCCCCCUCCUUCCUUCUGUCUGAACACCUCCCCCCGUGUCCUCCCUCCCUCCCCCUUGCACCACCCCAUCUGUUCUUCCCCUCUCCCUUCCCCUCAACCUGUACCUCACCUGACCACCUUCGUCUGACUCUUCUCCCACCCUCCCGCGCACCAAGCAGGCCGCGACGGACAACUUCAGUGCAUCGCGCAAGCUGGGCGAGGGGGGCUUUGGCACCGUGUACUCGGGCACACUGCACCACACGCGCUGCUCCCUCUUCUUCCCCACUCUCCCCCAACAAAUCCUGUUCAUUCAUUCCCCCCUGUCCUCCCACUUUUGUGCGCUCCCCCUGUGCCUCCCCUUCUGCGCCUACUCCCCUUUGUUCCCUGUGCCUCCUCCCUCUCUGUGGUUCGCCGCCUCUCCUUCCCAUCCCGCGCACCAACCAGGCCGCGACGGACAACUUCAGUGCGGAGCGCAAGCUGGGCGAGGGGGGGUUUGGCACCGUGUACUCGGGCACACUGCACCACACGCCCGUGGCAGUGAAGCUGCUCAAGAGCAAGGACUCCAUCCAGGCCAUGGCGGAAUUCCAGCAGGAGGUGGAGAUUCUUUCGCAGAUACAGCAUCCGCACGUGCUGAUGCUGCUUGGGUGCUGUCCGGAUCGCUACGUGCUAGUCUACGAGUACCUCGCCAACGGCUCUCUAGAGGACCGCCUGCUCCGCCUCAACUCCACGCCGCCCCUGCCCUGGUUUGUCCGUAUCCGCAUCGCCGCUGAAAUCGCCUCCUCGCUCCUCAUCCUCCACACCCGCCCGGUCCCGAUCGUCCACCGCGACUUAAAGCCCGGGAACAUUUUACUCGAUAAGAAUUUCGUCGCGAAGUUAGGGGACGUGGGGCUCGCAAAGCUUAUGCCGGGGCUGUCUAUGGAGAGGACGUGCGAGAAGGAGUCGACCCCGGUGGGGACGUUCGCGUACGUAGACCCGGAAUUCCAGAGAACCGGGGAAUUCGGCCCGAAAUCCGACGUGUACGCGUUCGGCAUCGUCCUUCUCGACCUCCUCACAGGCCGCACGCCCGCUCUGUACGAAGCCCUAGAAGUGGCAGUAGAGAAUAACCGGAACGAUGAACUCAUGAGGUUCUUAGAUGCUGGAGCAGGCACGUGGCCACAGGGCAUGCCAAUGGAGAUUGCCAAGCUGGCGAUUCAGUGCAGUGAGAUGAAGCGGCGGAAGCGGCCGGACCUGGAGACGGAGGUGAUGCCGAUUCUGGAUCGCAUGCGCAGCGUGGCGAUCAAGGCGGAGGAUGACGCCAAGAAGGCUUCGCUGGUGCGGCCUGUGGCGGCUGCUCCGCCCUGCCUCUUCUGCCCCAUCACUCAGGAGCUGAUGGUGAAUCCAGUGAUAGCAGCGGAUGGGCACACGUACGAGCUGGUGGCGAUACAGCAGUGGCUGGAGAAGAGCGACCGCUCGCCCAUGACCAACGUGCGCCUGCCCUCCAAGGCCCUUGUGCCCAAUCGCGCACUCAAGUCCAUGAUCCUCGACUGGCGCGAGAACGGCGGGUCGGGAUAA